AUGGCCCUUACUAACUUCUUCCAGGACCUUUAUACACAUAUCGAUUGGAUAUUGUUUCUCCUGUGCUUUGGGUUCGUCCUGUGCUUUGGAUCUGUGACUUUCGUACUUGUUCACUGUAUCAUACAGGUGGUUGAAGCAGCCGUCGCUUUCUACCUAUUCGACAUCCUUUAUGACUACAUAUACGAGGAAAGCAGCAAGCAAUUCUUCGCCGAGCUCUUCUCCCAUAUCCUCUCCGCACGCCUCGAGCUCAAGAGUUUUGUCCUGCUCCUGUGCCUAAUCUUCACUAUUCAUCAUUCUAUCAAGGAGAUCGCCUCUGUCCUCCGUGAAAGGCUCUCGCCGAACACAGCCAUCAUUGUAGAUUGUCCCGACCAUCCCAUGCAGAGCCCCCAGCUCUCUCAGCUCGCCGAUGAGAUGGCCUGCAUUAUUCCCUCUAAAUUGAUAAGGCCUAAGUCUAACCCCAACACCCACGAUUCCCAACCCAAGGAAAUCAGCCCAACAAUCUUCAGACCUGCAACCCCCAAUGAAGUAUCCUUCGCAUCUCAUUUGAACCGCUACAUGCACCAUCCAUGGGGCGUGGUCGACUACUACAUCUACCUUUUACAUAUCGAAAGCGGCCGCAACAAGUUCCGUCGCAAGAAAGAGUGCUACCUCCUAGAAACCACCGGCUUCACACAAGUCACUCUACAUGACGAGCCAGUCCUUAACAAUCUCCCAGCCCACACAAACCCAACAGUAGUCUUCGUCAGCCUCCCCAUUCCUGACAUGCAGAACGAAUUUAGCAACGCCAGGUUGGUACUCGGCUUCGACCUACAGUCCGACCGCUUGCAGGGAUAUUUCUUCGAGCCCGAGGCCCCGAUCGAGAACUACGAGGACCUCUGGAAGGCCUGGAAUCAAGGUGAAGGCGAGCUCGUGAUUGACGUUCCUGUAGACCGUUUCCUGGCAAUUGUUCGCUAUACUAUGGAGCAUCAGAUUGAGAUCCUGGAGAUCGGUGUCCUGCACCACUACGGUCUGAUUAUGCGCGAGUUCCAGGCUGGUCUGGAUAUGGUUGUUACCGUGCAGUUCUUGCAGUUUGUGGAUGACUUCGCUGAGCUCCUAGCUGAGGAGCCUGAUAAGCUUCGUGAGCUUUAUACGCCUUUCCAGGAUGAACUGCGGGAAUUGCUUGCGACUGGCUCCCGGGACACUUGGUUUGCUGUUCGUGAUGGACUCAAUAUCGAGCAAUAUCGCCAGAAACAGUUGAAGAAGGUUGUUGCUUCUGGUUUGUUCCAUGGACAGAAUAUUCUUGUGCUGCGAGAUGAGUCUGAGGAGACUGAAAACGAUGAGCCUCGUUCUGUUAAGAUUGUUCCAGGCCACUCGCGUCAAUGGUCACGGUUAAAGCUGCGGAUCCAGAUCUUGGUGAGUGCUACGUUGAUUAUUUGCCUCUGUUCUAUCUUCGAACGCGACCGUGUCUUAUGUCUAGGGAUGUUCUGA